AUGCCCUCGUUUCUGACCAAAGUCUUUGGACGUAAUAAGGACGACAAGGAGGCGCAGCGACAAUCCAAGCGCGCUUCAGUGCAGUCGUCUCUACUUGAAGGCAAGUUCGAAGCGGUCUCUCCGACCGUUUCGCCUUCAGCUACCGACUUCGCAGAACGCUCCCAAGAGAAUGAGAAGCUGAAGCAGAAAGAGAAAGAUGGGGGCAUCCAGGGCAUCUUCAGGGCCAAGUCUCGUACAACAUCUCCUACAACCGAGCCCAAGCCGCUUGAGCCACCUCAUUUAUCUUUGAAUUUGCCCGGUCUCAAGGACGAAAGGAGUUCCCGUCCCCUUGGUUCUGUAUUCGACGCCAGCCCAGAUGGCGGCUCCGUCUUGAGCGAGUCUGUAAUCGGGGAGAGAAGGUUGACACCCGCCGAGGCUCUUGUUCUAGUUCGGACUUGCUCGCAAGCGAUCGUAGAAAGAGGGCUCGAGACCCUUGGUAUCAUGCAUCCCCACUGGUACUCUUCAUCACCUGACGUCCAACGUCGACUUAUCUCUCAGUUCAUCCUUUCGUUGAGUUCAGAUUCAACUGUCAACAAUUCCGAUUUCGCCUCAGAAAUCGCCUAUGCUCGUUCGCCGCACGAUGUCGCAGCCGUUCUUCGAUGGGGCUUGAGGCAUCUCAAGAUAGAGGGCGAUUCCUUUGGCACAGAUCGCUCCUGGUACACUAAGUUCUAUGGGGCGGAGAAGGCCGAGUCGUAUCCCCGGUCCGCGUACUCUGAUAAACUCGUCCCUCUGCUCCCAUCUUCCCAUGCUGCACUUCUGUCGGUCACGUUGGACAUCGUAUCAUCUCUUGCUGCACAUGGCGAAGCAAACGGUAUCUCGGGGAGCAAGUUGACUAAGCUCUUGGGAUUGUGGCUGCUGACCGCACGUCGUGCCGAGAACAGCGAUGACUGGAAACAGUUCUAUGCACGGUGGGAAUGGGCGGGCAGAGUGCUCGAGCAUCUGUUCUUGGCUAAAAUACGUGACGAGGCAGUGAAGCAGAGGAUGCCUAAGCGUCUCACUGAACUGGUUACUCAAUAUCCGUACGACAAGACAUCUACGGAUGGAUUGCUGCCCAGACCUAGGUUCUCCACCCGGAGAUAUGAUGCUUUGUUUGUUCAUAUCGAUACUGAGGUGCCUCGGGAGACCAAGAUCGACGCGAAGCAGCACCCACUACAUAUCAUCGCUGACGCUCUGCGCUCCGAGUCUGUUAACGGGGGGAACUUGAACACCCUUUGGGGUGCAAUCAAGACCAGAGCGUCCAAUGGCCAGGAGGCGGGUGAAGGGGAACGGGGGAAGGAUGGCAAUUCUUUGCCCCUCUUGUCGAAUAUUUUGUCGGAUGACAGCAUUCGGCUGUUGUCUCUCGUCCGCCCAGAAGGCUCGAGCCCAGAUGGAUCUACCUCCUCUUUAGGCCUCCUCACACCCGUGAUCCGUGUUAAUGAACCCAAGUCCCGUGCCAGGUCCUCCUCUGCAGGCGGCUUCGAUCAGUCCGGAGAACCGAACGGGAAUGGCCACUACAAGACUAUAUCCGCCUCGACGGGCAAAGCCCACGAGGUGUACGGCAGUACUACGGAUUGGACACAGUUCUCGACCAGCGGGUUCGCAGAGCCCAGUACCGCCCCUAGCCUGGCUUUGACUCUAAUGGACAAGGACGUCGAAGUGACCAAUCCUGACACACGCAAUGUUUCCAGGCGUAAGUCGAAUAGGAGGAAGUCCUCCCCUCCGGAGCGGAAAGAUGCCGCUGCUACCAACGGGAAGACCCCUUCACCAUCUACUCCAUCCAGCCCCGCCAAGCCUCCGAAGGCUUCUAUGGUCAGCUUGGUUCAGCUUGAUGAAGCGUUCAUCGAUUUCUGGAGCGAUGCGCUCACCGAUCCCAUUUCUUCCGAUUGGCCUAAUUUCGUAGUAUGUCAGCUGAAGAGUACGCCGGAGUUCACUGUAGAAGGUGGCAAACCCGUCAAUUGGCUGGUUAUUGAAGAGGCUCUGGUUCAUCCUCCCCCGCCUUCUCCGACGGAGGCCACGCCGCGGGCCUCGUCCCCAAGGCCGUCAUACCAGUCGUCUGGCGGCGGCAGGAAGAGUUCGACCUUCUCCAUUGGCAAGAAGAAGUUCAGUUUGUUUGGUACAAAGGACGUCGAGACCAGUAUUUCCGCUGGUAAGAAGAAGGAGAAGGUGGGCAAACGUGCCAAGGUGGGCGAGAUGGGUGAGGUGUUGCAGGAGGAGGAUGAGAAGGACAGGGAGAAGCACGAAACAGCUGAGCACGGCGCGAAAGUCACGAAUGAAGUAUCUAGCCGUGCUGCCGAAGCCCCUGUUGCUGCCUCUACUAGCUCACAUGGCGUCGAUCUCGCUGCACUCCAUUGGGCAGAAGGAAAGGAGCCAGAAGUUCCGUCCCAGAAGGUAUACGUCCCUGCGGAACAGCUCAACGAAGCUGCGAUUGUGCCAGCCCCUGACGCCGCGUUGGCGACCCCACUCUCGAAUGACGCGAAAGAACUCAUCAUUGAGGAAGAAAGUGCUGAGGGACCAAUGAAAGUUGCCACCGCUCCGGCCGCCAUCGUUCCCGUUGACGCUUCAGGAGACGCAUUGCCGCCUGCACCCGAAAAUGUGGUGACCUCUGGCGCUACGCCUGGUCCUCAACUAGCUCUAGAUACUAGUGAACCAGUUGCCGCUGCCAGCGCGGGAGGUGAAGAAGUUGAUGUUCAGCCGGCCUACGUGGAGAUAUCCCCGGCCAGUGAGGACGUCGCUAGUUCCAAGGUGCACGCGGUGGAGGAGAAGGACGAGCCAGUAGCAGAAGAUGCUGGAAAGCAAGAGGCCGCUAUUCCGACUGAUGAUAUCGGAUUUGAGCAACAUGUGGUUGCAGACGAAGGGGUUUCCCAGCCUAGCGAAGCUGUUGAGAAGCCUGAAGAGCCUGCGGUGCCGGAAGAGGUCGCAGCUGAGGAGCACGCGGUAGCGUCUGCGGCGGUCCACGUUCCGGCUGAACCCGAGGUCGCUCAAGCUGACCAUGAAGGAACGAAAGACGAAGAACCUGCAGCGCCGGUUGAAACUCAGGAUGAAGAGCUCGAAAAGCAAGCUGAACCCGAAGUGCACCAGCAGUCCGCAGAGGAGCUUCCCACCGGCUCCUCGGAGCCCUCUGGCAUAGAUGCUACUGAUAAAGAGCAUACGGACGAUGUUCCAGUGGAAUUCGACCAGCCGUCGUCUACUGCCUUCCCCUCGGAGCCAGUUCCUGCUGUUGACGAAACCUCAGAACUGGAGGUACCCGCAGACAUUGCAGACGAUGCACAUUCUCCCGAGGCUAACAACGAGGUGGAGUCCGAGUCCCUCGAAAGAGCUCCCACCUCUGAGGAUCUCCUCGGAAAACAACCCCGACCUGAAGAUUCACAUGAUAUUCCCGCAGUGGCUGCACAUAUGCCCCCGGAGGGGAGUGAGACCGUCGUGGUCCCCGCGACUUUCGAGAAGGACAUCCUAGAACAGGGCAGUGACUCUUCUUCUAUCGCAUACGAAUCAAGGGCGCCUACAUCCACUCACAAUGUACCGACGCACCCCGCCGAAAGAUCGGCCUGA